GGCGCCGAGUAGCCGGGCCGGGCCGGAGCGGGGGCGACGGCGACGGUGGCGGCGGCUGCUGCUGCUGCUGCUGCUGCCGCUGCGCCCCCCGCCCUCCGGGCCCCGCGCGCGCCCCGCGCCGGGGUGGCCGGCGAUGGUGACACAUGCGGCGGCGGCGCGCCGGCGGCAGGACCAUGGUUGAGCGCGCCAGCAAGUUCGUGCUGGUGGUGGCGGGCUCGGCGUGCUUUAUGCUCAUCCUGUACCAGUACGCGGGCCCGGGGCUGAGCCUGGGCGCGCCCGGCGGCCGCGCGCCGCCCGACGACCUGGACCUGUUCCCCACGCCCGACCCGCACUACGAGAAGAAGUACUACUUCCCGGUGCGCGAGCUGGAGCGCUCGCUGCGCUUCGACAUGAAGGGCGACGACGUGAUCGUCUUCCUGCACAUCCAGAAGACGGGCGGCACCACCUUCGGCCGCCACCUAGUGCAGAACGUGCGCCUCGAGGUGCCCUGCGACUGCCGGCCCGGCCAAAAGAAGUGCACCUGUUACCGACCCAACCGCCGCGAGACCUGGCUCUUCUCCCGCUUCUCCACGGGCUGGAGCUGCGGACUGCACGCCGACUGGACCGAACUCACCAACUGCGUCCCGGGCGUCCUGGACCGCCGUGACCCCGCCACGAUGCGCACCCCCAGGAAGUUCUACUACAUCACACUGCUGCGGGACCCCGUGUCGCGCUACCUGAGCGAGUGGCGCCACGUGCAGCGCGGGGCCACGUGGAAGACGUCGCUGCACAUGUGCGACGGGCGCACGCCCACGCCCGAGGAACUGCCGCCGUGCUACGAAGGCACGGACUGGUCGGGCUGCACGCUGCAGGAGUUCAUGGACUGCCCCUACAACCUGGCCAACAACCGGCAGGUGCGCAUGCUGGCCGAUCUGAGCCUGGUGGGCUGCUACAACCUGUCCUUCAUCCCCGAGGGCAAGCGCGCACAGCUGCUCCUGGACAGCGCCAAGAAGAACCUGCGCGGCAUGGCCUUCUUCGGCCUGACCGAGUUCCAACGCAAGACGCAGUACCUGUUCGAGCGGACGUUCAACCUCAAGUUCAUCCGGCCCUUCAUGCAGUACAACAGCACGCGCGCGGGGGGCGUGGAGGUGGACGAGGACACGAUCCGGCGCAUUGAAGAGCUCAACGACCUGGACAUGCAGCUCUACGACUACGCCAAGGACCUCUUCCAGCAGCGCUACCAGUACAAGCGGCAGCUGGAGCGCCGCGAACAGCGCCUCAAGAGCCGCGAGGAGCGGCUGCUGCACCGGGCCAAGGAGGCGCUGCCGCGGGACGACGCCGACGAGCCGGGCCGCGUGCCCACCGAGGACUACAUGAGCCACAUCAUCGAGAAGUGGUAGUAGUGGCUGCAGCGGGGGUCAGGGCGCCCUCCAUCUUGCAGGAAGGGACGGACUGACGCAUGUGCGCAUACAGCCUGGGCCUAACCACGGGGGGAGGCUUCAUGGCUGGCUCCAGGCUGGGGACCCAGAGGGAAGUGCUAGGAAAAAGAAUUCCUGCUGGGGCUGGACCAGACAGGGAUUCUCUGGCCGGCGGUCCCCCCCGCUGUCUGGUUGGAGGUGGAGGUGCUAGGCCCGGAGCCAGUCUCCCAGCAACUAUGCACGCACUUGUUUCUAUUCACUUCCACCCCAACCAGCACCGCCCCUGCCCUCUGGGGACCUCAGGGCUCCCGUAGCCGGGGAACCACCACCCCCUUCAGCCACCUUCAAAAGAAACUAGACAAAAAACAGACCUCCUGGACUUCUCCCCCUGACCUGGGCAGGCAGGGGGAUGCUGUGGCCAGACAUGCCACCCCUGGGUGCACCCCACCAGCAGACCUUUUGGGAGUAAUCGUGUGGGGUAUACCAGGUCAGGGGACAGAAGGGUUGGGGGAGAGGCUGGGAUCACCCCUGCCCCGUUCUUCCUUCUGUUCCCCUGGGGUUUGUUAGCUGUUCCCAGCAGCCCCACGGGCUGGCCCCUGGCCCUACUACAAGCCAUGUUGUAUAUCCGUUGUAAGCACCCGUCCAGUGCGCUCUAGUCCAGGCCAGCAUCUCCCCCGCUGGGUGGAGCCCCCAGAACAAGUGCAUGUCCCUGACCCCGAAGCUGGAUGGAGUCCCCCUCCAUGCCCCUGGCUGCACCUGAGGUCAGGAGGGAGCCAUGGAGGAGUCGGGGUGGCUUGGCUCUUACGGCAGAGUGUGGGAGCAAGGGGGUUCUGGAAUGCUUUCCUCCCUGCCCACGUGGCACUGUAGAGCCCACGGCUGGGCAGUUGGCCCCCAGGCAAGUACACAGAGUGGCUCCUUUAAAAAGGUGGUCAGAGUCUUUAACGGGAGGGUGGGAUGUGUUCUGGGGAGCUUUGGGGUUCUACACAGGCCCUGCUAGCUGAGGGCACCCCCCCUCACACAGGCCAUACAUGCAAGAGAACCAUUUUGUACCCAGCGGGAUAUGUUUUCACUUUCGCCCCGCUAUUCCAACUCACCGAAACUUGUGUCCCGGCCGGGGUCUUGGCCAGUGGCCAGGUGCGUCCGCCUGCAGCCUCUCCAAGAACGCCACAGGCUGGCACGCCAACCCUGAGCCUAGGACCUUCCCAGGCCAAGGUGCCAGAGGCAAAGCCACAUGAGCCGGGCCUGCCAACAUCCCCUCCGGCAAGGAGAAGCCGGGAGUGGGGAGGGAGAGCUGUCUGGAGCAACGAAGUCUGUGAACUUUUUUGGCAACUGGAACGCUUCUCACUCAAGCCCCGGGAGCGUUUAAAGCUUUAUUUAUUUAUAGCUUCUUAUUAAAAAAAAAAAAAGUGAUGAGAAGAAAUCUUUGGGUCAUUCAUACAAAAAAAUCGAUGAUGGCAAGGCGAGUUAUAAUCCUCCAGUUGUUUUUUUUUGUUUUUUGUUUUUUCAGUCUAGAUUGAGAAUGAAUGUUAGCAGAUGAAAUAAACCUGAAAAGGCG